AUGUCUACAAUCACAAAGCUUUCCCACCACGAGUGCAGUAUCUGCCACAAAUGCUACACAAACAAGAAACUUGUAGCCAAGUGUGAAGUUCAGUGCCUGGAAAAAUAUGAUAUUGAACAUGAGGAUUCUAUGGAAAAUGAUUUGACAAUCAUGGAUGUUACUGAAAAUGUCAUUGACAAUACUCCUCCUCAGUUGGCCUAUGACUUUAGUGCUCCUGUUCCUGUUUCUGGCUAUGCUGAUGCAAAGAAUCUCAAGCUUAUGAAGAUCAUCAAGGAGUUUGACAUUUCCCAGAAGGCCCACAUUAGUCUUGCAAAAGACUUCAAUGAAAUUCUCAGUAAAUCAAGUGAGAUAUCAUACAGAGUUUUAACUCCCUACCUUGGUACCAAGCUUCUUUCUCGAUUUCUUGGUGUUGAUGAGGAGACAUACCACAUUUGUUGCAAUAGGUGUAUGCUGUACAACAACAAUCAGCAAACGGAGUGCCCACAUUGUGACAAAGCCUAUUACAACACUGGCAAGAGAAGCCAAGACACUAGUGAGAAUCCAAUUCCUGCCAGCACAAUGAUACAGCUUCCUCUGGGUAGACAGCUUGCACUUGCUUUGAUGAAAUGCAUGACAUUUGUCACGGCAUUGGCAAACAGGUCUGGGGGCUCGUGUGUGGCAAGUAUGGAAAAGAUCAUCCUCUCUUUCUCCCUUGCUGCUCAGAAAGAAAUUGGUACUGCCAUGGUGUCACCUAGAAGAAGUAUUCUGACAUCUUUCCAUGGUGCAUGGAUCAACAUUGCAACAAGAUCAGGGUACUUCCGGGCUGUAGACUGGGCUGACUUCAUCUUGUUUGUUAUCCCCACGCUUGUGGCAGAGCGUGUCCGUGACCAAGCUGCCCAUAAGGCAUUGCUUGACCUGGUGCAGAUAUGCAACCUACUCAUGAGCUGA